CCAAAGUGCGUAACAUCCUGUCUCCUUACAUCCUGUAAAAUUCCUUUAUCUAAUCGUUCUGGAAUUUGAAGUCAGAGUAGACUGUAUGCUUCGCUGCCUAACCUUAAUGAUUUUCUUAAAGUCUUGAGAAAUACGUUUACUUCGUUAUUUCGACUAAAACGUACACGAGUUUAUUCUAAAUCAUCGUGCUGAGCCUGUUUCUUGAAGAGUUGUUGAGAGAUGAAGACAAUCCAGGUUGUUGAGACGACACACAGAGGAACAGUGAAGAGCUGGAGGGAGUCUGGUGACUUUGUACUUGUGAAAUGUAGACGUCCCUCCUCAGCUUCUCAUUGAUCCUCUGUGUUGCAAGCCAAUUGGCAUGGUUUAUAAUGGAUCUGAGAGAGUACUUGAACAGGAUUGGGUUUACUGAACAGUUCAUCAAACCUGACCUGGAUAGUUUGUUCACCAUCCACAAUCUGCAUGUUAUGAGUGUCCCAUUUGAGAACUUCAGUGUUCACAAUGGGGAGAAGAACUCAAUGGACCUGCAUGUUAUCUAUAACAAAAUAGUCAAGAGCAAUCGAGGAGGCUGGUGUUGUGAAAACAACCUCUUGUUCUCAUGGGCCCUGAAGGAGAUGGGAUACAAAUCUACCAUAUUGGGUGGCAGGGUGUUCAACUCUCUGGAACAGGACUUCCUUCCUAGUGACUCUCAUCUCAUCAAUCUGGUGGAGAUUGAUGGAAAGCAGUACAUCGCUGACGUGAGUUUUGGUAUGUCAUAUCAGAUCUGGUAUCCCUUAGAGUUGAUCUCAGGUAAAGACCAGCCACAGCCUCCAGGAGUGUUUCGCCUCACAAACAACGGUGAGAAGUGGAUUCUGCAGAAGACCGGAAGGAAGCAAUUGAUCAUAGAUGACGGUUUUGCAGAUUCUGGCCUUGUUGACAAACGGCUCACCAAAACAUUAUACUCCCUCACAUUAACACCACGUGAUGCAGAUCAUUUCCUGGAGAUGUCGGUUAUGCUGCAGACUAAUCCAGACUCUCUCUUCAUGCUCAAGACCAUUUGCUCCCUUCAGACGGCCACUGGCUACAGAGCUCUGCUCGGCUCGACAUACAGUGAAGUCACUUUCAAAGAGGACUCAGACUCAGUGGAAAUGAAGAAAAUCCUAGAUGAUGAGAUUGAGGAUGUGCUGAAAGAAAAGUUUAACAUGGUGUUGGUUAAUAAGUUCACACCUAAAAACCAGAAAGCUGAUUACCGCAUGUAGUACUCAGCUACUCUCGACUCAUCUACUCAUAAUUUAGAAGGCUACCCUGUGUAAUUGUACCUGAAAGCUCUGUCAAUUGUUUGAUCUUUGCUUUUUUACAGAGAAGAGCUGCAUUAUUAUGGCCCAAUCAUUGCUCUUGAUAUUUUAACAAUGAUCACUAAUUAAUACACGUGUAUCUGUUGCCUCAUUACAAACAAAUGCAGCAAAUUUCACAAUAUACACAUUAGGCGUACAUAACAUAAGUGAGUAAACAUCUGAGAAUUGAAAGGGCUGAUAUGGUGGGGUUAACACUUAGUCUAACUUGUAUAUCUACACGCUGACUGCGCUUCUGUCCUCUCUCACACUGAUUGUAAUGAUGCCUUUUAUGGGUAGAGAGGUUCAGCUUCAGCAGUAAAAAAAAAUUACUCGUAGCUUCUUAUCGGUCUCUGGUGACAGUUGGUCUUUGCAUGUUCUGCUGAUUUCUAAAGGGCUUUGGUGAGCAUAGAUGUGUUUCUUCUCAAUUUCCUUAUGGAUUUGCAGUAAAUCCAUCUCACAGGUAUGGCGUAUAAGUGAGGCAUAUGUAAGAUCAUGUUGCAAGGAUAUGUAUAUUGAAUGUUCUUGCAAACAUGUCACCCAUUAAACAUGUUCCAGUUCCUGCCAAUGAAGUGGACUGAUAUUCCACAGGCCACAUUCAAUCUAAUUGACUUUGCAUAGGAGAUGUUGCACUGCAUGAGGUGAAUGGUAAACACAAAAUUGCCUUUAUUUUGGCCAUCCUAAGGCACACAUGUGCAAUAAUCAUGCUGUCAAAUCAGUAUAUUAAUUGGCCAGUUCUGUGAGGAGGAUGGAUAAUUAUGGCAAAGAUCAAGUGUUCACUAACACUGAUUUAAACAAAUGUGUGACCUAUAUUUGAGAGCAAUAGACCUAUUGUGUAGAAAGUUUUAGAUCUUUGCUUAUGAAAAAUCAACUUACGAAAGUUCAGCUCAUGAAAAAUGAAAGCAAAAACAAAAAGAAUGUGACUUGUGGCCAAAUAUGGUGACCCAUACUUGGAAUUUGUGAUCUGCAUUUAACCCAUCCAAGUGCACAAACAUUGUGAACCUGUGAGUACUCACCUGUUGAGUAGUUUGGGGUUCGGUGCUUUGCUAAAGGAACUCACCUCAGACUUUUUGUGCACUUUUUUUUUUUUUUUUUUAAACGGUCGUCUGUUGUAUGUUUGCUGUACGUUCGAGCCACCAACAGUUUGUUUUUAUUGGUGCUAGUUAUUUGGUGUCAGUUUGGUUUGUCCCAGCCUUAAAAGCGUUGCAUUUUAUAUUACUGUUGAUCGUAGUAUGCUUAAUACAGGUUUAGAUAAACUUAAAAAUAUUAUAAAUCUUGUAAUCUUGCUAGGAUCCUGAGAGUUGGUUAAAAAAUGACACAUGUUUUCAUAGGAUGUUGAUUUUUGUAAUAUUUAAAAUUCAUAGUGUCAAGUUUUGAUGGGUUAUAAACUAAAUAGUUUAAAAAUAUCCCUCCUUUUGGUGCCCAUAGGAACUGACGUGCACCAAGAAUUUGCCUACUUUCCCUAUGCCUAUAGGGCUGGCUCUUGGGGUGAUCAUAUUAAUGAUGCUAUGUGGAACUUUACAGUAUGUGUUUUAGUCUGAUUGAUCUGUUUUCACAAGAAAUUAUUACCACGAGGCAAGGGAAGUAAGGGAAGAAUAAAACUGGUAUCAAGGUUUACCCCAGUUUGAAAAGUCAAGCUUUUAAAACCACUAAAAUGUUCAGUUAUACCAUUCCCAUGGUAUAUGUAAGGUUAUUUUUGGUUGUGUUUUUUUUUUUUUUUUUUUGCAUGUUUUUUCCGACUAUUUUAUUUAGUUAUUUUUAGGGCAACAGUAUCUCCAGCAGAAAAGGACCCUUCACAUCAAAAGCUACUGGUCAGGCUGUGAUUCAGCGAAUAUUUGAAUUACAAAUAUAAACCAACAUCCUUAUAUCAACACCCUUAUUGCUUAUGAACCACCAUCCAAGCAUGCUUUGAGUCCAAAGAUAUCUAAAGAUGCUUUUUCAUGUUGUAAAGAUAUUUGUGUUUGUGAAACAAACAAAGAUAUCAGAAGUUAAUGGUUUAUUUUAGUUAUUUAGCCUGAAAUGUUUACUGUACCAAAAUAUUUUAAAUGUUUUUUUUUAAAUAAAGUAUAUUGUGUUCAACAGAG